AGUGAGCGAAAGAGGAGGAGAGAGAGACACGGUGUUGGCGGCCUACGAGUCUUUACUCAUGCACAUCGACACGUGCCCAGCGCACGCUCGCGCGUUUCGGCCCAGCGAUCGCGCUGCCGUCUAUAUUUAGCGCCACGCGCCGCGAGCGGUCUAGGAAGCAGACGACGCGUUGCAGCAGUCAGCGCUGAUCGGCCUGCCACGCGCUUUCCUCACGUAUCGAAAGUCAGAAAGUCAUUUCUGUGUUUUGUUGUGUUUUUAUUUCUUUGUUUUUAUUUUUUUCUUUGUUUUUUUUAACUGUUCAAACUUGAAACCGCGCAGUUGGUUCUCUAUCGGAGGAUAAUGUUUUGACAAUGCCCAACCCUCAGGGUGGGGGAAAGGGAAGCGGAGGCAGGCAGUCAAAGGUUAGCUCCGCCUCGUCUCGGCGGCCCAGCCAAUGGCAAGGCGCGUAGCUUGAUAAUGUGGCUGCCCUUCACGCGGCAUGUCGGGUAAUGACGUCACCCUGGCCAUAUUGCUUUUGUGCAUUGUGCGGUGUGGGGAGAAAGGCGAGCGCACACUCCGGCUGCUUUGCCGCGCCGGUCCCCCCCACCCCAGCCUGCCAGCGGCCCAGCCAGUUUUGUAACAAAGAAAACGCGGACACACGCCAAACCUUCUUCCCCCACGACUUUGUGUAGGUCCUUUUUAGCUCGCCUCACGAGCCCGAGUCAGUCAGUCCUCCCUUCCCCCCACGGACCGUAAACCCCCCCGUCAGAGCAAGCGAGGCCAGACGAGCCAGCCUUCUCUCGUGUAAGCUGUCGGAUGCGGGCGAUACCUCCGGUGCCAGUCUCCCGAGCGUCGUCUGACCACCACCAGCAGCCUCGGCCAUGCGGGCACUGCCGGCCUCCCCUUUCGCAGAGAUGAGCGUCAGCAUAGUGGGCAACAAUCACCUCGCCACCACCACCAUCAACACCAGCGGUGGCGGCGGCGGCGGUGGUGGUAGUAGUAGUAGCAGCAGUGGCUGCAGCAGUAGUUUAGAAGACGAUCACUUCGGCCAAGUCGCGUACAAGUUGUCGCUCUUGUGCUCUGCAGGCUCCUCCACCUCCACCACCACCAGCGCCAGGAACGGAGUGGCCAGCGACGGAAGCGACAAUGUGGAGAACCAUCUUUCCUUCCUCUCCUACAGCCCUCAGCACCACCAGCAGCACCACCACCACCAGCAGCAACAAGCGCAGCCUUCCAGCAUGAAUGGAGGAGCAGGUGUAUCGCCGUCAUCCGUGCCUACCACAGGAGCUUUCGAUGAUAAUAGCAAUCGGACUAAGGAGGGUAAAAAGAGUGCUAACAUGACGGAGUGCGUGAGAGUACCCAGCUCUGAACACGUUGCUGAGAUCGUUGGCAGACAAGGCUGCAAAAUCAAGGCCCUGCGAGCCAAAACAAACACAUACAUCAAGACCCCCGUCAGAGGGGAGGAACCAGUCUUCGUGGUCACGGGUCGGCGCGAGGACGUUGGCGCCGCCAAGCAAGAAAUCGACAACGCCGCGGCGCACUUCACGCAGAUCCGGGCCUCGCGCCGCGGCUCCAGCACCUCCAGCUUCGGCAGUAAUGGCAGUGUGGGCCCCUCCAGCCCGGCCCUGGGCCCUGGCCAGAUCACCAUCAGGGUGGCUGUGCCAUACCGCGUGGUGGGGCUGGUGGUGGGACCCAAGGGGGCGACCAUCAAGCGCAUCCAGCAACAGACACACACCUACAUCGUCACGCCCUCGCGCGACAAGGAACCCAUUUUCGAGGUGACGGGCACGCCCGAGAACGUGCAGGCGGCAAAGCGCGAGAUCGAGGCGCACAUCGCCAACCGAACGGGUGGGCUGGUGGACACCACCAACAUACCUGACUAUCAGCCGCCCACACCCUUGCAGCAGCACCACCAUCACCACAGCAGCAGCAGCAGCACUCUUCCUCCAGGGCGUCACCGACUGCCUCGGCCUCCCAGCACCACUUGGGUCAUGCUCCUGCCGCCGGGGGCGACGAGCAGCAACCCCUUCCGAAACCAGAGUGAGCACCUCUUCCAGCACCACAACGACCGUUACGGAGCUGCGGCUUUCGGCUUGGACGGUCGCCGCCUACCAGGCAGUUCCAUGUCUGACGACUUCGACAGCAACGGUCAUGACGCCAUCUUCAAUGAUGUCAGCGGCUCCCUCAACGGCGUGGGAGGCGGCGACGCGCUUGGCUUCGGCAACAGCAGCAGCGACUACAUGUACGGCGGCGGUCGACACGAUGGUGGAGGAGCUACAGCAGCUAGCGGCAGCGGGCAAUAUGGCCACUACGCUGGAGGCGGCGUCGUCAACGGAGGAGAGCUGAUAGGGCGCUUGUCGGGUACCGCCCCGCAGGACGCCACCCCGGCCUUUGUAUUCCCGCCGCACGAGCCCUACCCCAUGGUGAACGGGUACCUGCAGCAGAACGGCCAUGGCCACGUGACCAACGGGUUCGAGGCGGGCGGCGGGGAAGACGCCAGCUCCAGCUGCCUGGCCGGCAUCGAACCUCUUCUGGGCUCGCCCCAAAUUCUUGGUUCAACGGCCGUCCCUCAUCAUUUUCUCCUCGCGCAGCAGUUUUCUGCAUCGCCGCUCCAGCAGUUUUGCAGGCGGCAUUGGCCUCGAAAGCGACUUGACCUCGGCACCUGCCACCGCCCGUUACUCGCCCCCCACCGCCCCUUUGCUGAGCGACUUCAUCAACGGCGGUGCCAUCAACGGCAUUCACCACGGCGCUGGCACCCCGCCCCUGAACGGGUCCACUUCCCCACCAUCGGUGUCCUCCAGCGGCUUUUCUUCGUCAGGAGACGAUCCGACCUCCUUACUGGAACAUGCCGCGCAUGCGUCAAGGAGAAUGCGAAGCCUCCCUCUGGCCACCGCGAGUCUAACGGCGGCCCUGAGCAGCCUGUCGGUUUCUCCUACUCCUCUAAUCCCGGCUCGGCCCUUACCCCGAUGAGCCACUCCAGCCAGGAGCUCAGCGCCUCUCCGCCGCCAGUCGACCUGGUUGGCCUCAGCCUUAGCGAGAACCUCGACCUGCUUCCCGCCUGCGAGAGGAACAGCAGCAGCAACAGCAGCAGCCACAGCAGUUCCAGUUCAAGCUCAAGCUCCAGUUCUGUCGCAACCCCAACUGCCCCUUGCUGCAUGAGUGCUGCGGAUGACGGCAAGGUGGAGCUGCGGCGCUGUGUGGUUUGUCGCGAGAGGCCCACAGUGGCGGCGCUGGUGCCGUGCGGCCACAACCUCUUCUGCAUGGAGUGCGCCAGCAAGCUGCUGGAGAUGCCGCCGGAGAAGCGCGUGUGCCCCGCGUGCGACGAGCCAUUCAGCCAGGCCAUCCGCAUCCGGCUCAGUAAGGAGUCGCGAGGCCAUCAGAGAACAAGCUAGUCAAUCUCGCUAGGUAAGGGAGCUUCUUCUGCUUGUGGAAAUUUUCAGGCAGAGAGAGACUCUCCUAUUCGCUAGUCAUUCAAAAAAAAAGUAGGGCCAGCUGGAACCUGUUGCAACAAGCUGUUAAGAGUGACCUCUUGACCUCCUACCUUCGUCUGAUGCUGCCAAUUUCUGAGCCUGUAUCUUCGGUUGGGGGGUAAUCGUCCUGACAGUGCCAAUCAAGCAAACAAAAAAAAAAAAUUCGAAAAUUCUAUUCGUAUUGGGUGGCGACGAGGCAGCGACAGACACACAAAAAAGUUCUCUACUUUUGUCAUAACGGCCAGUGAAUUUACCCAAUAUAGACAUCAUUCAGACCCACCAUACUUCAAAAUGAUUUCGAGAGAGUUAAGAAAAAGGAAAACAAAAGAGAAAACAAUCAUUUAUCGAAUGUUGAUUUUUUUCCAUUAAUUAUUUUCUCGGGGAAGGGAUGUUGAUGGUGUUUUGCUAGCAACAGCGUACAUUUGUUCACACAGAUCUCGAUGUAGGUUUUUUUUUUUUUUUUUUUUUCACACAUAAACUCGUGGUGGGAAGGAGUCUGGGGUCCUUGUGCACCCUGAUGCCUGUACGACUGGCUUCUGUCCUGCGUGUGACAUUCGCCUUUGGCCACCCGUGUGUGUUUCUGGAAUGCAGGAUGCAACAGAAAGGACGUAUUGCUGAAGCUUGUGGACUUUUUAUUUAUUUUUACAUGUCGAUAUUGUACUUUCUACUCUCUGCUAUUAUGUUUUGUGUUAACCUCACUUUUGUUCCUCUAGUCCCCUUGCCUGCAUCUGUGGAUAAGGAUUGAUGAAAUCCAGAUAUUUUUGAGGAAGACGAAGGAAGGCUAGGAGAUCGCAAGAUUGGCCACACCUUCGCAGGAAGAGAAUUUUCCAACAAGUGUUCACUACCCACAGGUUUUUUAAAAUCUUUUUUUAAUAUAUAAGGAAUUUUUAUGUACUCGAUGGCGACAGUAUCUCCGACGUUACCCCUCUUUUUUUGUUAAAAAUUGGUUAUGUAUAUUCCCUGUUCCUUCUAUAAAAAAUGUUUUCGUUCCACAUAUACUCCCCUCAACCCCGAAAAAAAAAUAAUGGCCGCGCUUUGAUGUCACGUGCAGUUGCUUGCACACGAACGACAGUUCUAUGUUUUCAGGAACGAAAUCCGUUGCAUGUAUAGCUUCCACCCAUCCUCCCACCCCUCCCCCCCUUUUUGCCAUCAAAGAACUGAUUUCGCUGAACAUGCCGGCAGAUGAAAUUUGUAGAUAGCCGCCCUUUUACAAAGACACGGGUUCUGAUUUUCUCCCCUUUGCUCCAUUUCGAAGAGUAUAUUUAGUUGUUCGUCGCUGUUUCAGAAAUUAGAUGUUUUGCAAUCGUUCAAUUCCGUGUUGACGGUAAAUUUGUUUAUUUUGUGUCUUGUCACGUGCGCCGUGACUAUUUAUCUCGCAUGUUAACGUCACGCUAACGAGACUGUGACGUAGGAGGAUCCGUGCUUGGUUACGGCGUUCAGCACUGGUACAGCUGUAGGGGACCUUAACCAGUUCUCAGAAGAGACAAAGCAAUACAUAUAUAUCUAUAUAUAAUAUAUCUAUACGUCUACCUGUGUAUGUCAUGUGACCUCUUUUCCUCACCCUUCCAACAGGUCAGAUGCUCAAAGUUUUUUUUUUAAAUGUGAAUGUAUUUUAUGCUUUGACUCGCAAGAGAGAUUAGAGGAAGACCCAUGAUAUUUAAUUUGUUACAAACGCAUUCUUUCCCUUGUCCCCACCCCGUGUUUGCUCCCAUUUUCUUAGGGGCGCCACCUGUCUCCUAAGUUAAGGAAUAAGAAACAUCAGUUACAUGCAAGACGCACAAUGCUGUUCUGUCUUCAUCAUUGACCAUCUUGUUCUGUUCUUUUCUCAAAUAUUUCUUCCAUGAGAUUCUGGCUUGUGGUCGGUGAGUUGUAGUUGUGGCGCCCAGUGGUUUGCAGGUGGUGAUGGUGGUGGUGGUGUGGUUGAUGACUGUGUGUGAAUACACACUCUUGUGUGAAUACGUGGAAGUAACGUGUGUCACGUGCAGUCGACUACACUGACCUGCCGCACAGUCCGCCGCGCGACACUAUCCAGCGGCAAGACGGCGGUAAGGUUGACUUAGUGGAAAGGCGGCCCACUUUCUCGCGGGAGGGAAGGGGUUUCAACCCCUUUUGUUCUUCCACAUCUUCAUUCCGCUUUCAUUUUUUUUUCUUUCAAAGCCCGAUGCACGCUUUCCUCCUCGACCUCUGACCCUCGUGAAGACAACGCGACAAGUCUAAUCAUGACUGCGAUUGCGAGUCUCUCCAACCUCCAUCUUCCUCUGUUCUUAAAUCUUAGAAUUUAGCAUAAUGUGGAGCAUCAUGGUUAGAGCUACUGAUCCACUGACCUACUUCACUCGCUUGCGUAUUUAUUCUGUUCGAUCGUGGGCUGCCAGUGUGUGUGCGCGCGCGCGCGUGCUCGCUCUUGCGUACUCGUCGAGGCCAUGGCGAGGACACCUACAAGUGGCCGUUGUAAUGACAUUGCACGUGUUCCUCCAAGUCUGGGAGUGGAAAUAAUUAGAGCACAUGCUCUUUUGGAGCUCUGCUACAGAGUACUCCCAGCGCACGUGACACCAAAGGUGCUUAGAGUGCAGUCAGAAGUAGGUGAAUGUCGAGGGCUGCAAUACUUCUCUCAGAAACACGUAUUUCUUAACCAGUCUUUGUGGACCGGUUGGGUUAGGUCUCCUUUAGUUCCCUCCCAACCCCCCGCGGAAACAGUGUUCAAAGGUCUGCGUACAUGAACGGAGUAGGUAAUCACACGACAAAAAAAAAAUAUAUUGUUGUUUCGCGAGGCAGCCUUUAUUUUGUUGAUGAAAUCAUCCAUAUCAUUUGAAGAAAAACGGCAAAUACCUCGUUUAUGGUUGGAGCCUACAGCUGCAGAUAUUGAACACAUUUUCCAUACAGUCGUACAGUUCCACCCCGACUUGACCAUCACCGGAAAAUUGUCAAAGAACAACCAUCCCUGAUCGGCGAUAUCCUCAGACCCGAUAUCUACCACCAAAACAUUGUAGUGUAGACGACGAUGUAUAGUGUAGACCAGUGCCACCAAUACUCCGAUGUAAACCGAAUGCGAUGCGAGCUUGAACUUUUGUGUCAAUGAAAAUGGCUUUUUUCCUGAUGGGACUCGCGCUGCCGUACGCAUGGUCUGUACCCCUUUCCCCCAUUUCUACCCGACAACCCAUCUUCCCGAACCCUCUGCUUCCAUCUGCCGCCUCGGUGCUUAUGUGAGACUGACCGGUGAAGAGCCGCCUUCGUGCGCUUGUGAGCGAGAGUUGAUGAUGGCUCUCCGCUAUUUUUCUGGAUUGUAGUUAGUGACACCUGAUGAUGGACACGCUGAAUACCCGGGGUAUGUUGACCUUGUAAAUAACAGAAGACAGACCCCAUAUUCCUUUUACCCACUUUCGCCGGCUUGGCCUGUAAGAAUCACUUGGCAAAUGUCUUACAAAUGAUACUACAAACAACCACGAUGCACUUUGACCUUUUGCCGAGAACCUACUUUGUCGUACCCUCGUAUUAGUGCCAGAUGUUGCUGGUAGCAUUACAGGUAACCGCCAAUUGCACCAAGUGGCCCAACUGCUUUAGCCCUUAACUCACAAAGUUGAUUCCCCACUCUCCUCCUCCUCCCCCCAACCUGACAUGGACCCUAACCUCUUCUUUCCAAUGUUUGCGAUGUGCUGCUGUUAGCCAUGUUUCUGUUCUCGAUGCUGGUUGCAUGCGUUUAAUAUCUCGUUCAUCUUUGUGUUUCCUCUUCAGUCUUUACGACAUAAAGCUGUUGUCUUGUCCUUGUUGUUGAACCUCUCGCUACCCGUCGUUGGAGGGGGAUGUAACUCCCCCUUCCCACCCUGCUUAGACAAAUCUGACUUCCUCUUCACCUGCACCUGUGGGUGCGCGCGUAGUCACAACAAACCGCCAGGUGUGCGAGCUAACGGCGCCGCCAACCUCGCGUGCUCACGUUGUCAUAGCAACAGCGGAUACGACAGCCUCCAGACUUGUCCCCCCUUCUCUUUAUAUUCUUGUCAGUAACUGUUCACAAGCAUCAAUAAGUAUAUAUAUAUACACAGUAAUAAUACACAAUAUAUUAUUAUUAUUAAUGACUAUUUUGUGUAAAGUGCAAAAGUGAGGAUAUGUACAUGUGUUUAUCCGAAAGUAUUAUAUUACUAUUACUUAAGAGAGUUAUUUUAUUAUUUUACAUAACUGUACCAGUGUAUAUUCUAUGUGCACGUGUUGGUCUUGUUGAGCCAAUCAAGUAAUUUAUAUGGUUUUGUAAAAACAGUGUAUGUCCUCAUUGCAGCUGGGAGCUUUGGACCUACUGUUUCUUUCCAUAAUAAUUGACUGAUUAAUUAAUUAUAUAUUUGCUGUUGCUGCUGUGUGUUGACAUUGAAUAACUAUAUGUCAUAAGUAUGCAAAUUCGUUGGAACCGAAACGUUGUCAAUUAUUUGAAAUAUCUGAUAACUUUGGGAAUAUUAUUACCGUGUGAUUCUCUAAGUUUAUCCGUGUUUUCACACCUUUCAUGAAAUUUAACUUAAAGCAAAGGAAGAAAAUUUUAAUUAUUAUUAAUACUUUUGUGACAAAGACGUUAUAUUAUCAUUUUGUAUAUUGAAGCUGUAAUAUGUGUGUGUUUAAUAAUAUAACGAUGAGAUGGAGAUCAAAAUAUGAAAUAUGAUGGUGGGAGCGAUUUUUAUUUUAUGUAUGAAAAAAAUAAUCAUCUAGACCCAAAUGGAAGCUCAGAGAUGAUUUUACUGGAUAUAUGUGUCAUCUUAGUUCCACAUUUUCCUCUUCUUGCCAACCUUGUUUAGUUAUGGUUCAUUUUUCGUUUUGGUUACAAUAGUUGUUUUUUCCCCCUAACAGUCCAGAUUUCGGGCGGUUUUUUUGAGUUCUGACACCUUCGUUGCCCGGGCAACAAUUGCCAGAAACCAGACUAGAGAUGGAGACCUGGCUUGUUGUAUGUUCUUCACGUGCAGUGAACACAACUCUGUUCCUGUUCUACUCGUGGUGUGGUGACACCUGUAAUACCCGAGAGACUUGCGGUCGGUUUAGUUUUGGAGAGAAUAGUCAUCAAGGUUUGUUUGACAGUUCGUCUCCCCAUUCAUUCCUUUCUUUGAAUGAGCCUUACAAACCUUAUUUCUCCCCGCAGCUCACCCACCGCCGCCUGUUUAGUUUCACCGACAAGACCAAAUAUUUUAACCAAACCACGGAAAUGGUAUGAAACUCACGAAUCACUUGAUGUAGCUUUAUAGAGAGGGCAAGGGUUUUGGUGGAUCUGGACUGACACAUCGCGAGAAUAUUUCAUCAGCUGGCCGUUGAAUGCGGACGGACGGAUGGACGGACGGACGAUGUUGUCCUAAGUCGCGACAAGGGCCCCGUUCUUAGUUUUUCAACCCCCGCGCUAAGCUGUCUGCACUUCGUUAAACCACCUUUAGACACAUUAUUAUCCUCCCCACCCCAACCUACCCCCGCCGCGGUAGGUAGACGCCCUCCACCCGUAUUGCAGCCCAAAAUACCUGUACCCGGAGUACCAGCGAGUGGAUGUGUUUCGGAACAGCGUGCCAGCAAAAAAGAAGAAAAAAAAGAAAGCAGCCCACCAUAUAAGUUAUCAAGGUGUCACCAUAGCCUUGUACACAUAAUAAAUGCCAUAUAACGAUGUGCUAUAUAUACAUAAUACAUAACAUAGAUCUGUUCAAAGAGUUGAUUCUUCAUUGUGUGUUUGCACAGCCAUAGUGUAGUGUUUUCUAUUUUAAUAUGAUUUACCAUUUCGUGUACUUUGCGUCAGUCGGAAGUCUAUUAAUACAUUACGUAGAGAAGAAAGAGAAUUACAGAGAAAUACGAUAUUUUUUAUUUUAAGGCCCAACCAUGCAAAGAAAUGGGUCAUAAUACCAAGAAAUUUAUAUAUGCUGAGAUAAAUAUGACUUAAUGUGUAAGAGUUUUAUUUUUCUGCCAAUAAAGGAGAGUCAGGUAUGAAAAUUUA